AUGACCACUGACCUGAAAUAUGAACUUGCUAUGGCUGAGUGUGAUUCUCUACGUCGACAAUUAAAAGAUGCUUAUAGUAAAUGCACAGCAAUUUAUGAAGCACUUUCAAUACUUGAUGAACACUCGACAAAGGAACGGACUUUACUUGAAAAAUUAAUUCUUGAUUUAAAACAAACAAUAAAAGUUGAAUUGGAAAAAAAUAUGAAUUUAUAUGUUGAAAAAUUACAAAUUGAACAAAAAGAAAAAUAUUUUAAACGAGAACUACAUGAUAAAACACAAGAUCUUAAUACGAUGAUGCUUAAAUAUCGGCGACUUUACAUAAAUAAGCAACAGGAAAAAUACAUUCAAGAUAAUCUCAUUAUUCAAGUGAAGAAAUAA